AUCUCGGAUAUCUUGAAAGAGUGGAAGGACGACUUCAGCAUGCUUGGGGAGGAGAUGUUGACUUGGGAGGCUCCGGCAACUCAGCCCUGUAUUUGCAGCGCCCCAGCCCGCUAUCGGUGUGCGGACUGCGAAGAUCACGCUCCCCGCUGUAAGACGUGCAUCGUCGAGGACCACCGAAUUCGUUGGUUCCAUUGGAUUGAGCACUGGAACGGUUUGCGCUACACUCGACACGACCUCGCUGAACUCGGCCACACAAUCUACCUGGGCCAUAACGGGACGAGAUGCACCAAUCUUUCGGCCAACUCCACGCCCGCAAACUUCGUUAUAGGGCAUACGAACGGAAUCCAUCAAUGCAAGGUCCACUACUGCCAUUGCCCGGACCGUGCCGGGACGAUCGCGCAACUUGUUUGCAGUCGGAUCUUCCCUGCAACGCGGAUGUCUCCUCACAGCGGAUUUACAACGAACCUGCUGCGUAGCUGGCACACACUGUGGCUGACAUCGAAGAUCAGCACGCAUGACUUCAUGCGAUGGAUGGCUCGCAAUUCCGACAACGCCUUUCCACGCAAUACAAAGGAUCGCUACCGCGAGUUUCGAAUUGUCAGUCGCCUGUACGCGCAUUUGACAAUGACAAAGCGCGCAGGCAUUUUCCACAACUUAUCCCUUCCAAACUGCCCUGAGGGAGACCUCACUGUACCCUGCGUUACGUGUCCGUCUCCCGGCUUCAACCUACCUGAUGAUUGGAAAGAAACACCUGAGCACUUACGAUACAUAUACCACAUCGUCUUGGGCGGCGAUGGAAACCAUAGUCUCAACAAGAAGGCCAAGAAGCUUAGCGACCCCAACAACGUCAGUUUGGCUGCUGGCAAAGGUUUCUUCGUCACCCCGGAACUGAUGCACAAGAUUGUGUCUAAUGCUAAACCACUUCAUCAGGUGGAAACAUGUAGCAGGUUCCUUGUCACACGCUCGCAGCGCCCGGGAAAGUUUCGGUUUCUGGAGCUUAGCGGUAUUGUUGCUGUGACUUGCCGCCAUGUCUUCUUUCGUUCGGGCGCAAUUGUGGAUCUCAUUACGGGUGAACGGUAC